AUUGGUUCCCUCAGCAACUUAAUUCAGUCCUGUACGUGGAGUCUAACAUGGCUAUUCAGACGAAAGCUCUUGUUACUGCCAAAUGGCUUUCUGACGCUGUUAAAAGUUCUAGACAGAAUGUACGAGUUCUGGACACCUCUUGGUAUUUACCAAAACUUAAAAGAAAUGCCAAGAGUGAUUUCAAGAAAAAACACAUUCCUGGUGCAGCAUUUUUUGACAUCGACCAUUGUAGUGACAGAAGUUCUCCAUUUGAUCAUAUGCUUCCGCCUUUGAGGGCGUUCAAGGAAUACGUGGGAAAUUUGGGCAUUGGCAACGAUACUCAUGUUGUUGUAUACGAUGCCAGCGAAUUCGGUGCAUUUUCAGCACCUCGGGUCUGGUGGAUGUUUCGUAUCUUUGGACACAGCUCUGUGUCUGUCCUCAACGGUGGACUAAAAAACUGGAUCAGUGAGGGACACCUUAUAACAGACAAAUACUCUAAACCUGAGCCAACCGAUUAUAAAAACGCCACCAUUAACCGUUCUUGGGUAAAGACGUAUGAAGACAUUCUGGAUAAUAUUGAAACUAAGAAAUUUCAAGUCGUGGAUGCACGGCCAGCGGGUAGAUUCCGUGGAGUAGAUCCUGAACCGAGAGACAACACGGAGCCUGGACACAUCCCCGGUGCCAUCAACAUACCCUUCACCUCAUUUUGGGCCCCCUCGGGUCUGCUGCUACCCCAGGCCCAGUUGCGGGAACUCUUCGAGAGGGCGGGUGUGGACCUGAACCGUCCGAUGUGUGCCAUGUGCGGUUCUGGGGUCACCGCUUGCCACGUGGUGCUGGCUGCCCGCGAGUGCGGCUGUCCAGACGUGCACGUGUACGACGGGGCGUGGUCUGAGUGGUACACCAGGGCUGCGCCGGAGGACGUCAUCUCGGAGGGACGUGGAAAACAGCGGUGAAUGGUUGACUAGAUAACCUAAGAUUGGUCCCGGUCUCCUCUUCCUCAUUAAUGAUCAACUGAGAUGAGGAUUUGAUACUUGGACAGUUAACGUUACAGUCUUCCAGCGGGAAAUGCUGGAUUCGAAAGGCUUUGUGUUGGCUUGACAAAGUGUGUUGGACUGUAGUAAAAUACUCAACUGCUCAUUUCCAUCACAGUAAGGACAUCUGGUUUCCAUGGCAUGUUUUUCUUUUCUUUUUUUUUUUUUAGAUGCACACUGACAGUUAUUUUAUAAUGUACCAAGAAGAAAUUGGGAGUUCAUUUUUCGGUAGUUCUGUUUUCACAUUUCCGGAACAAACUGUUUCUAAUAAAACUAUUUCUUGUCGAAUGGACUCAGUGCCUGACUGAUCCUCAGCCUUUGAACUGUGUAGCUUUGUGUUUAGCUCACGUACCUUCAUGCUGUGCGACACAGCUCUGUAAUCUCCUAGUAUCACAUCUCCUUGACUAUCUUGUUGCCUGUUGUUUGUCUGUAUCUGUGCCUGCCUCCCCCUCUGUUUUUCUUUCUCUAUCUCUCUCUCCACACAGCCAAAGAUGUUGACCUGUCUGAAGUGCAGAUUCAAUUAUCUCACGCGCACAAACACACACACACACACAGAACAUUUCAUUGCACUACACUUGUGAUUCACCCUGCCCCUAGAUAGCCACAAUAUUGAUCGUACAAAAUACCCUGCCUUGUUCGGGCCUAUACUUUUUGUCAAAUGAAACAAAUGCAUACAUAUCUUUUUAUGUUAAGUAAAGCCAAUAGUUUCCAAAUGUGUGGACAUGACGUUCCAGCAGGGAUGAACUCCAUAAAUUCUAAUUCUGUCAAACUAAUUGGUGAAGAGACUUCUGCAUUAAAGGUUCAUCCACGCCAAGGCAAAGUCAUUAUGAUCGUCAUAUUCGAAGUCAUUCUGCUCUGAAUACUCCGUGUGACAUCUGAGGUCAUCUUGGAAGAUGUGAUUAUAAAAACAUAUACUUUAAAGGCCAUUAAUUAUACAGAAAUACAGCUGUUAAAUACGGGGGUUGACUGUUAUCUUGCAGCUCCAGGGUACAACUCCCAUGUGUUGUGUGUUAAUGAUAUGAGCAGCUCAGAUGGGUGAGCCCACAAAGCUCCGAUCAUAUUUAUAGUGUGAAUGUACUUUAGAAAACGUUGUUUUCCAUUAUUGGAAAGUAUUAAGAAAAUCUAUUGUUCAAAACACAGGACUAUCAACACUGUGAACUGUACGUGUGUUUUCUUCUAAUAUAGAGUACAUAUAACAAGAUUUAUAAUUACCUUUAAAUAGCUGGGUUUGAAAACCAGUGUUUUGCUUUAAUAAAGGCGAUUUCUUCAUUUGACUUCAGCAA